UUACUCAGAGCCUCGGCCCGCGCCUCGGCCGCCACGUCGUCCUCCUCUUCGGGUCUAUCCCGCACCCUCCCGGCGACCCGGCCUCCGGUCGCGCGGGUCUAGCCGCCAGGCCUUUGCCGAGGACAGGCCAGGUGGCCGAGAAAAAAGCACGUGCUUGAGCAGUGGUCUGGGCCAGGGGUCCGCCUGUCUUCGCCGCGCCGCGCCCGGGUCCUGAGGGGAGGCCCCCCCUCAUUGUCCCCCGGACUCCGGCCUUCUGUGAACCACUGGCCCCGCGCUGGCUGGCGUGGCUCUGGGCCGUCACGUGUGGAGGGAGGGUGCGUCUUUCCCGCCGCGUCCCCGGCCCGAGGAGGAGAGGACUCUGCAGCAUGUCCCCCGCGCUCCACGACCUGACGCCAUCCGCAGGAAUGAAGAAGACCCUGCAGGAUGAGAUUGACGCCAUCCUGCGGGAGAGGAUUAUGGUGCUUGACGGAGGGAUGGGGACCAUGAUCCAGCGGCACAAGCUGAGUGAAGACGACUUCCGAGGACAAGAAUUUAAAGAUCACGCCAGGCCCCUGAAAGGCAACAAUGACAUUUUAAGUAUAACUCAGCCCGAUGUCAUUUACCAAAUCCAUAAGGAUUACUUGCUGGCUGGGGCAGAUAUCAUUGAAACAAAUACUUUUAGCAGCACUGCUAUUGCCCAAGCUGACUAUGGCCUCGAACACUUGGCCUACAGGAUGAACAAGUGCUCUGCGGGAGUGGCCAGAAAAGCAGCUGAGGAGAUAACUCUCCAGACAGGAAUUAAGAGGUAUGUGGCAGGAGCUCUGGGUCCAACUAACAAGACACUCUCUGUGUCCCCAUCUGUGGAAAGACCAGAUUACAGGAACAUCACAUUUGAUGAACUCGUUGAAGCAUACAAAGAGCAGGCCAAAGGGCUUCUGGAUGGUGGGGUUGAUAUCUUACUCAUUGAAACUAUUUUUGAUACCGCCAAUGCCAAGGCAGCCUUGUUUGCAGUCCACAGACUUUUUGAAGAGGAGUAUGCUCCCCGGCCUGUCCUUAUUUCCGGGACAAUUGUUGAUAAAAGUGGGCGGACUCUCUCUGGCCAGACCGGGGAGGCGUUUGUCAUCAGCGUGUCUCAUGCAGACCCACUCUGCAUUGGAUUAAAUUGUGCUCUGGGUGCAGCUGAAAUGAGACCUUUUAUUGAAACGAUUGGAAAAUGUACAACAGCCUAUGUCCUCUGUUAUCCCAAUGCAGGUCUUCCCAAUACCUUCGGUGAAUAUGAUGAAACUCCGCACGUGAUGGCCAUGCACUUAAAGGAUUUUGCUAUGGACGGCUUGGUCAAUAUAGUUGGCGGGUGCUGUGGUACGACACCAGAUCAUAUCAGAGAAAUUGCUGAAGCUGUGAAAAACUAUAAGCCUAGAGUUCCACCUGCCACUGUUUUGGAAGGGCAUAUGCUACUGUCUGGUCUAGAGCCCUUCAGGAUCGGCCCGUACACCAACUUUGUUAACAUUGGAGAGCGCUGUAAUGUUGCAGGAUCCAGGAAGUUUGCUAAACUCAUCAUGACAGGAAAUUAUGAAGGAGCUCUGAGCGUUGCCAAAAUGCAGGUGGAAAUGGGAGCCCAGGUGCUGGAUAUCAACAUGGAUGAUGGCAUGCUGGAUGGACCAAGUGCAAUGACCAGAUUCUGCAACUUCAUUGCUUCCGAGCCUGACAUUGCCAAGGUGCCCUUGUGCAUCGACUCUUCCAAUUUUGCUGUGAUUGAAGCUGGGUUAAAAUGCUGCCAGGGGAAGUGCAUUGUUAACAGCAUCAGCCUGAAGGAGGGAGAGGAUGACUUCUUGGAGAAGGCCAGCAAGAUUAAAAAGUUUGGAGCUGCUGUGGUGGUUAUGGCUUUUGAUGAAGAAGGACAGGCAACAGAAACAGACACCAAAAUCAGAGUGUGCACCCGGGCCUACCAUCUCCUUUUGAAAAAACUGGGCUUCAAUCCAAAUGACAUCAUCUUUGACCCUAAUAUCCUCACCAUUGGUACUGGGAUGGAAGAACACAACUUGUAUGCUGUUAAUUUUAUCAAUGCAACAAAAGUCAUUAAAGAAACGUUACCGGGAGCCAAAGUAAGUGGAGGUCUUUCCAACUUGUCCUUUUCAUUCCGAGGAAUGGAAGCCAUUCGAGAAGCAAUGCAUGGGGUUUUCCUUUACCAUGCAAUCAAGUUUGGUAUGGACAUGGGGAUAGUGAAUGCUGGAAGCCUUCCUGUGUAUGAUGACAUCCACAAGGAACUUCUCCAGCUCUGUGAGGACCUCAUCUGGAACAGAGACCCUGAGGCCACCGAGAAGCUCUUACAAUAUGCCCAGACUCAGGGCAAGGGAGGGAAGAAAGUCAUCCAGACUGAUGAGUGGAGGAAUGGCCCCAUCGAAGAACGCCUUGCAUACGCUCUUGUGAAGGGCAUUGAAAAAUACAUUAUUGAGGAUACUGAGGAAGCCAGAUUAAACCAGGAAAAAUAUCCCCGACCUCUGAAUAUCAUUGAAGGACCACUGAUGAAUGGCAUGAAAAUUGUUGGUGAUCUUUUUGGAGCUGGAAAAAUGUUUCUACCUCAGGUUAUAAAGUCAGCUCGGGUCAUGAAGAAAGCCGUGGGUCACCUUAUUCCCUUCAUGGAAAAAGAGAGAGAAGAAACCAAAGAGCUUACUGGCACGAUAGAAGACAAGGACCCUUACCAAGGUACCAUUGUGCUGGCUACCGUUAAAGGCGAUGUGCACGACAUUGGCAAGAACAUAGUUGGAGUAGUCCUUGGGUGCAAUAAUUUCAGAGUUAUUGACUUAGGAGUCAUGACUCCAUGUGACAAGAUACUGAAAGCUGCUCUCGACCACAAAGCAGAUAUAAUUGGCCUGUCAGGACUAAUCACUCCUUCCCUGGAUGAAAUGAUUUUCGUUGCUAAGGAAAUGGAGAGAUUAGCUAUAAAGAUUCCGUUGUUGAUUGGAGGAGCUACCACUUCGAGAACCCACACAGCAGUUAAAAUAGCCCCAAGAUACAGCGCGCCUGUGAUCCACGUCCUGGAUGCAUCUAAGAGCGUGGUGGUGUGUUCUCAACUGUUAGAUGAGAAUCUAAAAGAUGAGUACUUUGAGGAGAUCAUGGAAGAAUAUGAAGAUAUUAGACAAGACCAUUAUGAGUCUCUCAAGGAAAGAAGAUACUUAACCUUAAGGCAAGCUAGAGAAAGCGGUUUCCACAUUGACUGGCUGUCAGAGCCUCCCCCAGUGAAGCCCACGUUCCUUGGGACUCGGGUCUUUGAAGACUAUGACCUGCAGAAGCUGGUGGACUACAUUGACUGGAAGCCUUUCUUCGACGUCUGGCAGCUCCGGGGCAAAUACCCGAACCGAGGCUUUCCCAAGAUAUUUGAUGACAAAGCUGUAGGUGAAGAGGCCAAAAAAGUCUAUGAUGAUGCCCAAAAUAUGCUGCAGGCACUGAUUAGUCAGAAGCAGCUCCGCGCCAGGGGCGUGGUUGGGUUCUGGCCAGCGCAGAGCAGCCAGGACGACAUCCACCUGUAUGCGGAGGGCGCGGCACCCCAGGCCGUGGAGCCCAUCGCCACCUUCUACGGACUCAGGCAGCAGGCCGAGAAGGACUCUGCCAACGCAGACCCCUACCUCUGCCUCUCGGACUUCAUCGCCCCUCUGCACUCGGGCGUCCCCGACUACCUGGGUGUGUUUGCCGUCGCCUGCUUUGGGGUGGAGGAGCUGAGCAAGGCCUACGAGGAAGAGUGUGACGACUACAGCAGCAUCAUGGUCAAGGCGCUGGGGGACCGGUUGGCCGAGGCCUUCGCUGAGGAGCUGCAUGCGCGGGUCCGCAGGGAGCUGUGGGGCUACUGUGGCGGCGAGCAGCUGGCCGUGGCCGACCUGCGGAGGCUGCGCUACGAGGGCAUCCGGCCGGCGCCCGGCUACCCCAGCCAGCCCGACCACACCGAGAAGCUGACCAUGUGGAGGCUGGCGGACGUGGAGCGGCACACAGGCAUUAGGUUAACAGAAUCGCUGGCCAUGGCACCUGCUUCAGCGGUAUCCGGCCUUUACUUCUCCAAUUUGAGGUCCAGAUAUUUUGCCGUGGGGAAAGUUGCCAAGGAUCAGAUUGAGGAUUAUGCUUUGAGGAAGAACAUGUCUGUGGCCGAGGUUGAGAAAUGGCUGGGACCCAUUCUGGGAUAUGUUACAGACUAACUUUUUUUUUUUGUUUUAA